CAGAGCGCGGGGAGCAUCCUACAACCCACGCCGGGCCGCCAGCAGCGGCAGGGCAGGACGAGGCUUCCCGGUUCCCGGGGAUCCCGAACGCCUCCUCCCCGGCCGGCCGUGCCCUGCCCGCGCUCCCGGAGCCGCAGCAUCGCCCGCAGGCAGCGCUGAGCACAGCCCGGCCCCUGUCCCCGGCGCGCAGGCACGGGCAGAGCCCUGGGCUGAAAAGUCAUGACAGCUGAAAAGACUAUUCCUAUAAUUAAUGGCAAGCCAGAAGAUGCUUUGGACCCAGAAGCCUCAAGUACCAACCUCGUCCACAGCAAUGAUAAGAAAGUUCAUGAAAGAGGUCACUGGAACAAUAAGGUUGAAUUUGUGCUUUCUGUGGCAGGGGAGAUUAUUGGGUUGGGAAACGUCUGGAGAUUCCCAUAUCUUUGCUACAAGAAUGGAGGAGGUGCUUUCCUCAUCCCCUACGUGGUCUUUUUUAUUUGCUGUGGAAUACCAGUAUUUUUCUUGGAGACGGCCUUGGGACAGUUUACAAGUGAAGGAGGCAUCACAUGCUGGAGGAAAGUUUGCCCUCUCUUUGAAGGCAUUGGCUAUGCUACCCAAGUUAUAGAGGCACACCUAAAUGUAUAUUACAUCAUCAUUUUAGCAUGGGCUAUCUUCUAUUUGUUCAACUGCUUUACUACAGAGCUUCCCUGGGCUUCCUGUGGCCACGAAUGGAAUACAGAAAACUGUGUGGAAUUUCAAAAACUCAACAUGAGCAACUGCAGUCAAGUCUCUUUACAAAAUGCCACUUCUCCAGUGAUGGAAUUCUGGGAACGAAGGGUGCUGGCAAUUUCUGAUGGGAUUGAGCACAUUGGGAAUCUGCGCUGGGAGCUCGCCCUGUGCCUCCUGGCUGCUUGGACUAUUUGCUAUUUCUGCAUCUGGAAAGGAACCAAAUCCACUGGAAAGGUUGUGUAUGUGACAGCCACGUUCCCCUACAUCAUGCUGAUGAUCCUCCUCAUUCGGGGGGUGACGUUACCCGGCGCUUCCGAGGGCAUCAAGUUCUACCUUUACCCCGACAUCUCCCGGCUCUCCGACCCACAGGUGUGGGUGGAUGCUGGCACACAGAUCUUCUUCUCCUACGCCAUCUGCCUGGGGUGCCUGACAGCCCUGGGGAGUUACAACAACUACAACAACAACUGCUACAGAGACUGCAUCAUGCUCUGCUGCUUGAACAGUGGCACAAGCUUUGUUGCUGGUUUUGCUAUCUUUUCAGUUCUUGGAUUUAUGGCAUAUGAACAAGGCGUGCCCAUUGCAGAAGUUGCAGAAUCAGGACCAGGACUUGCAUUCAUUGCUUACCCUAAAGCUGUCACCAUGAUGCCUCUGUCUCCUCUGUGGGCAGCUCUGUUCUUCAUGAUGCUCAUCUUCCUGGGCUUGGACAGCCAGUUUGUGUGUGUGGAAAGCAUCGUGACAGCUGUGGUGGACAUGUACCCCAAGGUGUUCCGCAGGGGCUACAGGAGGGAGCUGCUCAUCCUCGGCCUCUCCGUCGUGUCCUACUUCCUCGGCCUCAUCAUGUUAACUGAGGGUGGGAUGUAUGUCUUCCAGCUCUUUGACUCCUAUGCAGCCAGUGGGAUGUGCCUGCUCUUUGUGGCCAUAUUUGAGUGUGUCUGCAUAGGCUGGGUGUAUGGCAGCAAUCGCUUUUAUGAGAACAUUGAAGACAUGAUUGGGUACAAACCUGUGUCGUUGAUUAAGUGGUGCUGGAUGGUCCUAACUCCAGGUAUUUGUGCAGGAAUCUUCAUCUUCUUCCUGGUGAAAUACAAGCCCCUGAAGUACAACAAUGUGUACAUCUACCCUGACUGGGGCUACGGCAUCGGGUGGAUGAUGGCACUCUCCUCCAUGGUCUGCAUCCCGCUGUGGAUCUGCAUCAAGCUCUGGAAGACAGAAGGCACCUUCAUGGAGAAAUUCAGGAAGUUGAUUACACCUAGCUCAGACCUGAAAAUGCGGGGCAAGCUCGGAGGAGGAGCCUACAUUGCAGCAAUAAAUGACUGCGAUGCCAAACUGAAAGGAGAUGGCACCAUUUCCACCAUCACAGAAAAGGAGACACAUUUCUGAAAGAACUUUUUCUGGUUGUUUUAUUUUUUUUUGUAUAAAGAAAUAAAUAAAUUCACUUAAUUAUAGAGGCUGGCUUGUUUUGCACAGAAUUUUAUUAACCAGUUAAUUUUAAAGUGAAAAUUGUAUACUUGUUUAAAAAAUGAUUUUUUUAAAUUACUCUAUCUGUAAUGAUUCUGUAAAAGAAAAAGAAAUAGUAUUAUAUGGUCUGUUAGUGAUGACUUCUUGUAAUAUGGUGAUUCCAGUCAAUGUGUUUUUUUUUUAUUUUAGACUUUAGAGGGACCUGUAUGAUGUGCUGUAAAACUUUUCUACUUGGAUUUGUGGCAGGUGUAAUGUCGUAUAGACCUUCUAACCUGUAAGCAUUUCAGCCCAUUCCAGCUGUCCAUGUGUGUAUAUAAAUGGGACCAGCCUGUCCUGUGGUUUGCUUGGGAAGAAAUCUCCUUUCAGGGCGAGUUUGGUGACGCCGACGGCGCCUCAGCUGCUCCCACCUCCUUCCCUCCAGCCUCCACUGGCUUCAGCAGGGCUGCAAAUGUGGAAUGGGCCCAUCCUGAGCCACUGUUUUCCUGGAGAUUGGAUAGAGGCUGGUUCUGAAGGGCUCUGAAUUUGCUGCUGUAAGUUCCUGGUCUCUGAGAGGAUGUGCUCCCAAACCUUUCCAUUUUCCUCCAUGGGUGGCUGCUCCAGAAUUUUGGCCGGCACUUCCCACUCCCUGGAGUGACCCGUGUUUGUGUGUGCUCCUCCAACAGGAGAUCAAGGUUAUUCCACAGAGCUGGAGAUGUUCUGAGGGGAAAAGAACAGGUUUAGGGCCAGGUUUAGGGCUCUCUCUGUACAACUCAUUCCCCUCCAAAGGAAUCCAGGAUCCUACAAUGCCAAUGUGUAGCACUACACAGCUCCUCUGCUGGCACAGGGUGGGAUUUGGGGUGUCCUGUGCAGGGCCAGGAGCUGGACUGGAUGACCCUUGCAACUCAUGGGGUUCUGAUUCCUCUUCAAGGGCCUUUCCAGGUCCCCUCAGAUCAGCACUGAUUCCUCUGCCCUGGAUGGGAUGGAGGCUUGGACUGAAGUCAGAGCAGGAAUUUCUGUAGCAGAAGGUUGGGGUGAUGUCCUUGACCUGUGCAGGAGUCCCAGGAGGUCAUUUCUGUGUGCAGGGAGGGGAUUCACACAGGGCUCUUGUGACCCCUCAGUGGCACAGAGGGAGCAGUGCUGGGUUUUGCAGUCAGGCCUUGCUCUGGACUGGUUAGGGUUAAAAGCCUGGGUUUAAAGCUGGUUUUGUACGUGGAUCCAGCUGCUGGAUGGUUCUUCCAGGAAGUGUGCAGAUGUCCCAGCAUGAAAACUCCUAAGCUCUGUCUUAGGAUGUGGGUUUUUUACCUGCUAAUAUUCCAAACACUAUUAUUUGUUCUGGACAGUUUUUUCUUGGCUUGUUUUUGUUAUUUGAUGGUUGUGUGAGAAACCUGUGGAGGAACAGCAUCCUGCACUGCACAGGAGUUGGGGGCAGAGACAAGAGACAGCCCAGAAGAAAUGUCAUAAAACCUGCUGCCUGCUUUGCAACUCCAACCCACUGGAGCUCAGACACAGCACCUGGAGUUGUAAGAAACAGAAAUGUCUCCUGACCUUCUCCCAAGGAAAUACUUCCCUAGAAAUCACUAAAUAUAUCUUAAUAUUGGCUAGAACUGUACCUGCAGUCAGCACUUCUCUGAGCUCUUGCUGUUGCUUCUUAAAAAAAAAAAAAAAAAAAGCAUUUUUAUGGAACUGCUUUGUCUUGAGUCACUUCAUUAAAUCUAAUAGAGCUAUUUCAUUUUUACUUUAUCUUAUUUGUAGGGCUUUAUUUUGUGUGUGGCAAGGUGGAAGCCUAGCAGAGGAGUUCAAAUCCUCUAAAUCCUGUUUGCAUGUCUCCAUUGUGAGGUGCUUGGAGCAGGACAUUUGGAAGAAACCUGGAUUAAGGAAGGCACAGAGCCAUCGUUUUGUGCCUCCCUCAGAGGGAGCCAAAACUCAGUCCCAUGGGAAAACUGGGAGAGAAAUGUUCCCAGAACUGAAACCACAGAUUGAUUUAUACACAGUGAAGAAACUGAAUUGACACUGACACUCCAAAAUCUAGGAAUUCACAUUUUUGGAAGUCCCAACAAAUCAGGAAUAUUUGUGACCCAGUGUCUGUCCCUUCCUGGGCUUUCUCUCCACCCACCCAGGCUGCAGAGCCAAAGCCACACGUGGGCCUUGGGGUGGGUUAUGGUCCCUCCCAGGGAGAAUGGGAAGAUGUUUUCUGAUCAGUGAAGGGAGAUGCACCUUUAGGUUGUGCUUGGCCUGGAUUUCAGGACUCCUGAGAACCUUUAGGUUGUGCUUGGCCUGGAUUUUAGGACUCCUGAGAACCUUUAGGUUGUGCUUGGGCUGGGUUUCAGGACUCCUGAGAACCUUUAGGUUGUGCUUGGCCUGGAUUUCAGGACUCCUGAGAACCUUUAGGUUGUGCUUGGCCUGGGUUUCAGGACUCCUGAGAACCUUUAGGGUGUGCUUGGGCUGGGUUUCAGGACUCCUGAGAACCUUUAGGGUGUGCUUGGGCUGGGUUUCAGGACUCCUGAGAACCUUUAGGGUGUGCUUGGCCUGGGUUUCAGGACUCCUGAGAACCUUUAGGGUGUGCUUGGCCUGGAUUUCGGUGUCAUUCCCUCGGCAGUCAGGAUUCUGAGGAAGUGCCAAGAGGUUCAGUGCCUGAACCGUGGCUCAGGGGCCACCCAUGGGCACAAAGUGACCCCACAAGGGCUGAGGAGAUGCCUUGGUGGUUUUGGCACCCCAGAUGGGACAGGGAACUGCUGCCUUGGAGGGCCCCUAGAGCAGGGGGCAGGCAAGGUUAAGAGAAUAAAGUGGGUAUUUAUCAAAGCCCUCAGCAGGCACAGCUUGGGCAGGCACAGCCUCCAGAGGCUGCACCCGAGCUGGGCCAUGGGCACGAGUUUUUCACACAAUUCUCAGUCUGGGCCAUUUACACAUCAGGGGUUAAUGCUCCAGUUCCAGCUGCAGGUGAUGAAGUCAUUUACCCCCAGUUUGCUCCCCCAGCUCACUUCUGUUUAUAUUUUUGGGGCAGUGAAGUGUCCUUGAGUUCCAGGCCCAGAGAGGAAUUGUUGUGUCUGCCCACAAUGUGACAACAGUAACUAACACCAUGUAUAGAGUUUAGAUUAUGCACUAAUGCGGCACGGGAAUUGAAAAAUACAAAAGCUAAAAUCCUAAAGCAUCCCUGGGAUUGGGAUAAACGCUGCUGCAGGACAAAAAGUGCUCCCUGUGCUUUGUGUGAGUCCUUUGGUCCUUGCCCGAGCCCUGCAGGAAGGCUGUGCCGUGCCCAGGAGCUGCUCCCUCGUGCUGCUGUGGACAUUGCACCCGUGCUCUGGAGCAUCCCCGCUGUUACCGAUGUGCUCUGCUCUGUGUGCUCCUAACAGCUGAUUUCUUUAACGCUUUACUGAUUUAAAAAACUUUUUUUUUUUUUCUUUUUAUGUGGAGGGAAGUGGGAGGGUAAAUUUCCUAAUUGUGGUUGGGUUUUUUUUUUUUUUUUAAUUAUAUGAGGGGAAAAUGUAAAAAAUCCAGCUCUGUGGUGAUGAUUUUUUUAUGCAGUAGGAACAAACUGCCCUUUUCUGAAAUAUUUGCAGAAUUAUUAAAAAUAAUACAAUAAAAACGAACAACCACUAAGGUUUAUGUAACAUUUUACACAAAGAAAGAUUCUCUUUGGUUUUGAAGGGCACAAGGUUUCAUCUACUUACUUUGUUCUCAAAAAUUAAAGGAAAUGGGCAAACCCCA